AUGUCUGUGGAGAUACGAUCGCGUCCCAGAAAGAAAGGACUCAGCUUCGUCCCAUCAGCUGUCGUCCACCCGAUCUUCACACACGCUUCACCCCACUUCUAUAUACCUGCAACAACGAAAGCCACCAUGGGACUGCCUCUCUACCGUUCCCCCUCAAGCGAGGCCCUUCGCCGCCAGGCCGCAAAUAACGCGGCAAGUCAACAACAGCAACCUGACCCGCGCCGCGCAAGGUCCGGCGCCCCUCCCCCUCCUCUCCGUCGCGAAGAUGCCCAGCGGCUCUUCUCCCAGACCCCAUCCGAGGCUGCAACUGGUACACAAGAGCGGCCUAUCGACCUAACUCGCCGCUCCCUCGAAGUCGAGGCCCCACGUCGCCCUGCUCCCCCUUCCCGCUCUGAAGCCCCUCUUCCUUCAACCGAGGACGAGGAGAGUGACACGAUGGCAAGUGCCGUUUUGUCCAGGUACAGCCGGACGAGCUUCAACUCAAGCGAGUUGGCGACCCCCGCCGAAGAGGAAGAACUUCGUCUCCCGGACUACGGCACCCCGGAACUCGACUGGUCAACUCCCGAGAUCGAGGCGGCUAGCACCCCUCCCCGCCCUGAAGCCCAAGCCUCCGCACCUGCCGCUCCCCAGCAGCCGCAGCAGCGCCAGCAACAACAAGAGGCAGGUCCGGCCCAAGCCGCCUCAAGACAGGAACAGCAACGACAGGCAAGCGGCAGCGGUCGUGGCGGCUUUGUCCAGGUCGUCGUGAGCCAGGACUCAGGCCUGGCGCAAGUCCAAGUUCAGGGUAGCGGAGAAGGUCAAACCAUCCCUCCUUCCCUCCGUCUUCCUCCCCUUCCUCGACCGUCGGACGCGACCAUUCGACGUGCUCGUCGGCAGAGGAUGGGGCAGUCGGGUACGGCGACCCAAAAUACAAGCAGCACAGCCAGUCAACGCAGCAGAAGCGGUGGAAGCAGUGGAAGCCGCUCGGCUGCUCAGUCGUCCCGGGUGCGUAACGGAAGGUCGGAAUAUUAG